AUGGACGAUAAGCAGAAAUUGGUCGCAAAAAUAUAUGAUCCUAUAAUGGCAAACAGAGUCCAUGAUAAAUAUAUAUCCAGUCGUAAAGAAGUGUUGGAACAAUGCCUCGAUAACUACAAUUCUGAAAGGCUUUUUUGCCAGGUAUUAGCCAAUAAUCCAGAAUUUAAUAGUUGCUACGUGCCACAUAGAAGGAAAUACAUCAAAGUAACCGUUGACAAGUAUUAUCUAGCCCAGGGAAGAUAUAAUUUGUUCAAAUUUAUCGAUAACGUUCCUAUGCCACGAGAUUCAUAA